GAAGAUGAGGAAGACUAUGACACAAAAGAAAAUUUGUUUGUUUAUAUACCAUCUUCCGAGCAUGGGACAGUAUGUAGCGGUAUAGUCGCAAACCGGAGUCCGAAUAUCCAACAUCAGACUUUAACACAGUGUAAUCCGGACUAACUAAAGUUUAAGCAGCGCGAUACUUACAUAGUGCGUAUAGAAGUAUGGAAGUUCAUCCGUAAAAAUCCCGCGAAUAUUAUCAUCCUAAACGUGACGAAGACUUGUUUCAACACGAACAGGAAUAACUCCAGGUGUUACAACUGAGAUCUGCGUGAUAAAUCAUUGUAAAAUGAUGUUUAUUAAAGAAGAGAGUGAGGACAUGAGUUAUCCAGAACCAUGCAGUUCAAAUGCCAUGAAAGAUGAAGAUACUGAGGAACAAAGAGUGGCAGCUGGCUAGAAGAGGAGACCAACAACAAGUACAGUUCCACUGUGUGCGCGCUGUUCUGAGUUCAGCUGAUGCAUGUGCAAUAGUCCAGUUGGAGACUUGAUGGAAGUGAAAGAGGAAAGUCAAGAACUGAAUGAAGUGGAACAGAAGCACCAUACAUGUCAGAGAUUUGAUGAUUUUAUAACUGGACAAAACUCACAAAAAAGGACUCAAAGACAUCGGGUAAAGAAAUCUUUCACCUGCCCUCUGUGUGGAAAGUGUUUUUCAGAGAGAUGUCACCUUAAGAAUCACAUGAGAAUCCACACUGGAGAGAAGCCUUUCACCUGUCCUCAUUGUAUGAAGAGUUUCAGAGAGAAAAGUCACCUUCAGAGUCACAUGAGAAUCCACACCGGAGAGAAGCCUUACACCUGCCCUCAUUGUAUGAAUAGUUUCAGAGAGAGAAGUCACCUUCAGAGACACAUAAGAAUUCACACUGGAGAAAAACCUUACACAUGCCAUCAGUGUGGGAAUACUUUCAAACAGAAAGGAAGUCUUACUAAGCACAUGAUAAUUCACUCUGGAGAAAAGCCUUUCACAUGCCAUCAGUGUGGGAAUACUUUCACACAGAAAGGAAGUCUUACUAAGCAUAUGAGAAUUCACACUGGAGAGAAGCCUUUCAGAUGCCCUCACUGUGGGAAGAGUUUUACAGAGGGAUGUCAUCUUAAGAAUCACAUGAGAAUUCACACAGGAGAAAAACCUUACACCUGCCAUCAGUGUGUGAGGAGUUUCUCACGUAAAGGAAGUCUUAUUAUGCACAUUCGAAUUCACAAAGGUGAGAGGCCUUUUACAUGCCAUCAGUGUGGGAAUACUUUCACACGUAAUGAAUGUCUUACCAAGCACAUGAGAAUUCACACUGAUGAAAAGCCUUUCACGUGCCCUCACUGUGGGAAGAGUUUCAGACAGGCAUGUGGUCUCAAAAAUCAUCUGUCCUUGCACUCUGGAGAAAAGUCAUGCUGUGAUCAGUGCGGCAAAACAUUUUCUUCAGGAUCAGUCUUAAGAACACACAUGAAAAUUCAUGCAAAUGAGAAGCCUUUCUUGUGUUCACUUUGUGGAAAGAGUUUUUCACAUGUGCAGACUUUAAAAGAGCACCAGAACAUACAUACUGGUGUGAGAGAUCAUGUGUGCUCUGAGUGUGGUAAGGCUUUUCACAGAGCUUAUGAUUUGGAACGUCAUGAAAGAAUCCAUACUGGAGAAAAACCUUACAAGUGUUCACAUUGUGGAAAAAGGUUCAGUCAGUCAGGAGCCCUGAAAGCACAUGAGAGAGUGCAUACUGGAGAGAAGCCAUACCACUGUACUUCAUGUGGGAAGAGUUUCACUAUGUUUGCAGCCCUGAAAAUCCAUGAGAGAGUGCAUACUGGAGAGAAGCCAUACAACUGCACUUCAUGUGAGAAGAGUUUAACCCAAGCAAAGCUCUCUUCUGACUCAUAAAAAAGCAUUGUCCAGAGUUUUCACAAUGGUUAAAGUUCAUUUUUGUUUAAUGUAAAUAGUAUUUCGAAAAACCAAAAGAUGGAAUUUCUCCCAAAUGAUUACAAUUACAAAUAUAGCUGCAAGCAGCAAUCACAGGGCCAACCACACAAAUAGCUAACAUUUUGAUGAAUAUAGAGUUCUGAGGAUGAUUUUAAGUAGAGUUGUAAAAAAAGACAUGUUGAAUUACUUAUAGUGUAAGACAACUACUUAUAACAUUCAACCAAUAGGUCAAGCUGUCAGCUUCAGUACGUCAGAGCAUACAUGAUAUACAGCAUCAAAUCCUUAUUGGCACCUCUCAAUGAAACUCGUUGAUGCAUUACACAAGAAUGGUUUGUUUUAAUAGAAAACUUUUCAUAACUUUUUGUCAUGAGUAUACAUAGAUAAUACAUGCCAAAUGGAGUUCAAAAAGGAGGUUUUCAGUUACAUUCAAAAUUGCGGACCAUGGCAAAUUUGGUAUCACCAAACUCUGCAUGAACCAUGGAAGCUAACGACACCUGGUACACAGUAUUAUUAAUCAUGACAAAUAAAAAAAAAUCUCUUAAAUAAAAAAUACAAUUCUGAGAAUAACAGUAUUCAUACCCUUCCUAAUUACUAGGUUAACCUUGUUCAGGAGCAAGAUAUUGUCUUAUGAACACAUCCAAUUUGAUGCUCUUAUCUCCACUAAUGUUGGAAAUUAGUGGACCAGCUGCUUUCAAUUACUUCUUGAGCAUAAAUAAAUUCCCUCUAUAAGAUCAAGCUGUACAGGAGAGUGGCUAGGAAGAAGCCUUUGCUGAAAAAAGCAUGUUUGCCUGUAAAAGACUUUGCAAUACUUCACUUGGAAGAUACUGCAAAGAUGUGGCAGAAGAUAUUGUAUUCUGAUGAGACGAGAUUAAAGUGGAAACUUUUGGCUUAAACACUAAACAGUAUGUGUGGCACAAAUCCAACACUGCACAUCAGCCACAUAACACCAUCCCUACAGUGAAACAUGCUGGUGGUAGCAUCAUGUUAUGUGACAUAGUCUAGGAGGAGUUCAAAUAAAAUUAAAAAUGGCAAAAAAUCUGUUUAGGUGGAAGUUGUAACCAUGGAAUCCGUUUGUCUUGGCCAAGGAAUAAGGGUAAAAAAGAAUAUAGUUUCUAGGCCUUGCGGUUAUUAACAUAAACAUAAGUGCAAAUUUGAACAGUUGGUGGUGUUAGAGACCCCAAAUGUCGGCCUCUUACAGUUCAGACUGUCCUCGAUCAAUGCUCCAAAUUUUAGAAAUUUCCUAUGUACGGUUCUAUGGGCUGCCAUAGUGUUCCAGAGCAGAAUAAUAAUAAUUAGUUUUCUUCAUCAUCAUCUAACAGAAAGAACAGGUGUCACAGCAGUGCUUGGCCCCUAAUUAAAAUGGGUAGUGUAUAAAACUAUUGCUGUGAGCUCCAUAAUUUGUUUUUAAUCAAUUCUUUCUGAUUUGGAGUUGCAAGAGUGCUAAAUUAUGUUAACACUGAUACCAUUUUACUGUUGAUUAUUUCUUCAUUCAAUUUUAUUUUGUUAGCUGUUGAAGGGUGAUACAUGGAGAAAAGACUUUAAUUCUCUGAAAUAUAAAGGCUAAGUCCAAGCAUUAACAGUGUUUUUAAUUUUUUUUGCAUUCCAGUAUUUGCUUUUCAAAAAUUAAGUCUAGUUUUGGGCUAAAUAAUAAUACUAAUAAUUAUGAAAUUUAUCAAUCCCAUUGUACAUUGUGCUGAAUGUUCAUGAAAACUCUCGUGAAUUGCAUCUGUUAUGGAAUGUGUUGCGUCUGGUGACGUUUAAUUUUUUUAAAUUUAUUUGUGGGUCAUUUACUUACAGUUGUGCUCAAAAGUUUGCAUACCCUGGCAGAAAUUGUGAAAUUUUGGCAUUGAUUUUGAAAAUACGACUGAUCAUACAAAAAAAACUGCCUUUUAUUUAAGGAUAGUGAUCAUAUGAAGCCUUUUAUUAUAACAUAGUUGUUUGGCUGCUUUUUAAAUCAUAAUGAUAACAGAAAUCACCCAAAUGGCCCUGAUCAAAAGUUUACAUACCCUUGAAUGUUUGGCCUUGUUACAGACACAAGGUGACACACACAGGUUUAAAUGGCAAUUAAAGGUUAAUUUCCCACACCUGUGGCUUUUUAAAUUGCAGUUAGUGUCUGUGUAUAAAUAGUCAAUGAGUUUGUUAGCUCUCACGUGGAUGCACUGAGCAGGCUAGAUACUGAGCCAUGGGGAGCAGAAAAGAACUGUCAAAAGACCUGCGUAACAAGGUAAUGGGACUUUAUAAAGAUGGAAAAGGAUAUUAAAAGAAAUCCAAUGCCUUGAAAAUGCCAGUCAGUAUUGUUCAAUCACUUAUUAAGAAGUGGAAAAUUCGGGGAUCUCUUGAUUCCAAGCCAAGGUCAGGUAGACCAAAAAAGAUUUCAGCCACAACUGCCAGAAGAAUUGUUCGGGUUACAAAGAAAACCCUACAGGUAAUCUUAGGAGAAAUACAUGCUGCUCUUGAAAAAGACGGUGUGGUUGUUUCAAGGAGCACAAUACGAGGAUACUUGAACAAAAAUGAGCUGCAUGGUCGAGUUGUCAGAAAGAAGCCUUUACUGCGCCGAUGCCACAACAAAGCCCGGUUACAAUAUGCCCGACAACACCUUGCCACGCCUCACAGCUUCUGGCACGUUGUAAUUUGGAGUGACGAGGCCAAAAUAGAGCUUUACGGUCACAACCAUAAGCGUUAUGUUUGGAGAGGGGUCAACAAGUCCUAUAGUGAAAAGAAUACCAUCCCCACUGUGAAGCAUGGUGGUGGCUCACUGAUGUUUUGGGGGUGUGUGAGCUCUAAAGGCAUGGGGAAUCUUGUGAAAAUUGAUGGCAAGAUGAAUGUAGCAUGUUAUCAGAAAAUACUGGCAGACAAUUUGUAUUCUUCUGCACGAAAGCUGUGCAUGGGAUGCUCUUGGACUUUCCAGCAGGACAAUGACCCUAAGCACUAGGCCAAGCUGACCCUCCAGUGGUUACAGCAGAAAAAGGUGAAGGUUCUGGAGUGGCCAUCACAGUCUCCUGACCUUAAUAUCAUCGAGCCACUCUGGGGAGAUCUCAAACGUGCGGUCCAUGCAAGACGACCAAAGACUUUGCAUGACCUGUAGGCAUUUUGCCAAGAUGAAAUAGACAACUAUUACAAAAGACUGCACACUGUCAUUGAUACUAAAGGGGGGCAAUACACAAUAUUAAGAAUUAAGGGUAUGCAGACUUUUUUUCUUUGUUGCCAUGUUUUGUUUUAUGAUUGUGCCAUUCUGUUAUAACCUACAGUUGAAUAUGAAUCCCAUAAGAAAUAAAAGAAAUGUGUUUUGCCUGCUCACUCAUGUUUUCUUUAAAAAUGGUACAUAUAUUACCAAUUCUCCAAGGGUAUGCAAACUUUUGAGCACAAUUGUAUCUACAGGAAAGAAGAUGUAUGUCCAAGGUGGCCUGUGGGUUUGUGGAACAAUGAAAAUGGGACCCACUUUAAAAAUUGUUGUAACAUAAAAUCCAUUAAAUGAUGGUAAACGUAAAGAGUGGUUUCUUUUUAAGAGAAAGCACAGCAUGUACAAUUAUUUAUUAAACAGAUUCAAUUUGGGCAAACUAACAAAAGUGAAUACAAGUUGAAACAAAGUGUGCAGUCAGUUAAAGUACAGCUAUGUCGAAAAAGAUAAACAAUUAAAAUACG